AAAGCCAACUGUGUUGAGAUGGCUGGCAACUUUUGGCAGAGCUCACAUUCACAACAAUGGAUACUCGAUAAGCAGGAUUUACUGCGCGAACGACAAAAUGAUUUGCUUGCGUUAAACGAGGAUGAAUAUCAAAAGAUCUUUAUAUUCUUUGCCAAUGUCAUACAAGUGCUGGGCGAACAGUUGAAAUUACGCCAACAAGUCAUUGCCACGGCUACAGUUUAUUUUAAGCGUUUUUAUGCGCGCAACUCCCUGAAAAACAUUGAUCCGCUGCUCCUGGCACCCACCUGCAUCCUGCUGGCGUCUAAAGUGGAGGAGUUUGGCGUCAUUUCGAACUCGCGCUUGAUUUCCAUUUGUCAAUCGGCUAUCAAGACCAAGUUCAACUAUGCCUACACCCAGGAGUUUCCCUAUCGUACCAAUCACAUCCUGGAAUGCGAGUUUUACCUGCUCGAGAAUCUCGAUUGUUGUUUGAUUGUCUUUCAACCGUAUCGGCCAUUGUUGCAACUGGUCCAAGACAUGAACCAGGAGGAUCAGCUGCUGUCGCUCAGUUGGCGCAUAGUGAACGACUCGCUGCGCACUGAUGUCUGUCUGCUAUAUCCGCCAUAUCAGAUAGCCAUCGCCUGCUUGCAAAUCGCUUGUGUUAUUAUGCAGAAGGAUGCAACAAAACUCUGGUUUGCCGAACUCAAUGUGGAUCUGGAUAAAGUGCAAGAGAUUGUGAGAGCUAUAGUUAAUCUAUACGAACUGUGGAAGGACUGGAAGGAGAAGGAUGAAAUACAAAUGCUGCUUUCGAAGAUACCCAAACCGAAACCACCGCCACAGCGCUAA